CCUUUGACCUUAUUUGCUUCCUUUGUGCUCCAUCUAUGAUGCAGAACGUGCUGCAGGCCAGAACGCUCUUGCACCUUAACGCCGCUACGGCAACGUUCUCCUUUGCCCAAAAGUUUAACUUCGAAGUUCUCAGUUUAGUCCAAACACGACUCCCGGCGACCUUCUGGCACGUAAGCAUCAGUUCCCCGCCUCCCUCCUGAUGCUCCGCUCCACACAUUGGAGCUUAGAAAAGGAGUGACUUUUUUGAGAAGACCGUUUAUAUACCGGUUUAUUUAAAUAGAGAAGAACGGCCCAACUCUUCACCUUGUCAAAUUCUUCCUAUCUCCUAUUUCUUUAACGUGUUUAGGGGCAUAAUUGAGUCCUACAGCAGUGGAAGGGGUCAGAGGGUAGUUCUCUGCUGAUGGACUCGAGGGUUCUUCCAUCAAGUGUUCCUACAGAUGCCCCUGAUGAAGUUAGCGAGAGAUUGUUGCCUAAAGAAUUAAGCGAUCCAAUCCUAGAAGGAGAAAAAAAUCAUUUGUUAAGCCCUGAACAGAAUGGAGUUUUGGGUCGAGUUUCAAGUGCAUUAGGUAGUGGAAAAAGAGAAAUGUUUAGCAGAUCGUUUCAUGGAUCAAGACCUUGUUGUGGUGAUGAUUCUGACUUAGAAGAUGGUGAUUUGCCAAAAAGAAGAGAGAAGGUUCUGCACUGCUGCAGGCCUGUAAAGAUUCCCAACCAAGCUCUUCUGUCUGGCUUUGCAUAUUGCCUGUCAUCAUGCAGCAUGAUACUCAUUAACAAAUAUGUGCUGUCAGGAUUCGAUUUUAAUGCUGGGAUAUCAUUGAUGCUUUACCAGAACUUUGUAUCCGUGGUCAUAGUUACUUUUUUGAGCAAACUUGGCCUGGUCUCAACAGAACCACUCACAUGGAGAUUAAUUCGGAUCUGGUUUCCUGUGAAUGCCAUAUUUGUUGGAAUGCUUGUUACAAGCAUUUUUAGUUUGAAGUUCAUCAAUGUUGCCAUGGUAACCGUUCUUAAGAAUAUUGCGAAUGUCAUGACAGCUAUUGGCGAAACAUACCUUUUCAAAAAGCACCAUGGAGUCAAAGUCUGGACUGCACUACUCUUAAUGAUAAUCUCAGCUAUUUCUGGAGGAGCAACAGAUCUAUCUUUUCAUGCUGUUGGCUACUCAUGGCAAAUUUUGAAUUGUUUUCUGACGGCAUCAUACUCGUUGACUUUGCGCAGAGUAAUGGAUAUCGCUAAACACGCCACAAAGUCUGGGAACUUGAACGAGUUCUCGAUGGUUUUGCUCAACAAUGUAUUGUCCUUACCUUUGGGGAUCUUGCUUACAGUUUCUUUCAAAGAAUUGGACUAUCUGGCUAAAACGCCUCUUUUGAAGAUGCCAAUAUUCUGGUUAGUGAUUACUUUGAGUGGGCUUCUUGGUCUUGCUAUUAGCUUCACGUCAAUGUGGUUUCUUCACCAGACAAGCGCAACUACUUACAGCCUUGUGGGAUCGCUGAACAAGAUUCCUCUCUCAGUGGCCGGAAUACUUCUUUUCAAAGUACCAACAAGCUUGGAGAAUCUAUUGAGCAUUCUUUUUGGUCUUUUAGCUGGCGUAUUUUUGGCUAAGGCUAAAAUGAAAUGAUAGUAGACUGAAAGAAGAGGUAGAGUCAUACGGGCAGUUUAUAACCACCAGGAAGCUUUAAAAAGGCCAUUUCAUUUCUAAUUUUAGACUUUUAUUUACAGAAUUUGUAUUUGAUUGCAUUUAUUUUAUUUUAUUUUUGAUAAAGGAGAUUAAGAAAUUGUUGGGUUGUUAUUUGUGGCAUUUGGUUACAAAGGUGCUACUACAUACCUAAAUAUAAAGGUGUUAUAUGUAAAGGACAUAAGAAAUGAGUGCAUGGAUGCAAAUAUACAUGUGAAAUAAUAUAUAUAUUGGAAUUUAACUAAAAAAAAUAAC